GAUAAAUAAAAUGGAAGACAAAGAACCCUGCCUAAAAGACAGCCAAUCACAAACGCUGGUAGUCCCAGCACUCGAUGACGACAAGCCCGAAGUAACAUUACCUAAUCAGUACACACUACAAAGCCAACGUAAUAAAAGAAUUUACACAAACAACAAAAUAACAAAAGAAGACACAAUAAAAAAGAGAAUCGUCGAGUUUCAUAAGGACGAUAACCACUUGGUAUACUCACAAGAAUUAGCAUGUAAACUGGAAUCAAAUCUAAAUACCAUAAAGCUGCACUGCGAUUUAGGGGUACAAAAGGAUGAUACUGAAAUAGGCAGUGUAAUACAGGCGGUGGAUACCAAUCAACAUUCUAUAGAAAUACCGGAACUACUAACAAUUCGGACAGAGAUUGAACCUUACUUGGAAUCUCUAAAAACUAAACUUGAUCAAUUAAUGUACUCAAUCGAAAGACUGGAAAAUACGCAAAAAACCAUACUGAGGAAACUCAGUCCAACAAAACAAACUGCUUAUACUAAAUCUGAACCUAAAGGAACAUCAGAAUCUGAUGUACAGUGUAAACGUUCCGAACAGUUGUUGGCAAGCUGUUUAAAUAGCUUUUACAAUACCAUUAAAGCAUCAUCGAGGACCAGUGAAACCACUACAUUAGAAACAGAUAACUUCGAAAAGGUACUACAAUGCAGUAAACACUUUAAAGAUUACGAAGCAUGUAUACAGAAGAAGGAUAUGUAGCGACACAAGUGACCAAACAAUUUAAACCCAUU